AUGUUCGCCAACACCCUCACUCUCUGCAUUUCUCUUAUUCCAUUGGCUGCAAACCUCGUAGCUGGAGAAGCUGCGUUCUACGGAACAAUCCCAGACAGCGAGGUCCAAACCCUGUCCUCGACCAAAGUACCCGCAGCUUCGUGGACCACCUCCUUCAUCGCUCCUCGGUCCACAAGCAAGCCCACCGGUCCUUCUCUUGACAACCCAGUCUGGUACGCCCAAGAGACUUUCGAUGAUACGCCUGCCUUUGACAAGCGAAUCAACGCCGCCAGGAAUCAGCAGUCGAGAAUCUGCAACAAGGAAGCCGACUUCAACCCCCACCCGCCCAUCCACUCCGACAAGCAACUCAAGGGCGCAGACUACUUUUGCAACAACUACGCCGGCUUCAUGGAGUCUGCCAUGAAGUCUCUUCGCGUCGAGUGA